AUGACACUGCAACCAUUAACUCCAGUGAACUGUUCAGGCCUUCUGCAGCCUGGCUGCUCCCUGCUACAGCUGGAUGGUGAAGUUCUCCUGUUUGGCCAGAAAGGGUGGCCCAAGCGUUCAUGUCCAACAGGUGUAUUUGGGGUUCGGUUGAAAUGUGGCGAGAUGAAGUUGAGGCCCAUUUCCUUCUCCAGUGACUCAUGCUACCUUCCUCCGUUACGUUGUCCAGCUGUUUGCCGCCUCGACCCCUAUGACGGGCUUCCAGAGAGUUAUCUCAUCCAUGGCGGCCGCACCCCAAAUAAUGAGAUCUCAUCGAGCCUGUACCUGCUGACCACGGAUAGCCGUGGCUGCAAUCGUAAACUGACCUUGAGCUGCAAAGAGAGGGAACUGGUAGGAGAAGUGCCGGGGGCCAGAUACGGCCACACAAUGAGCAUGGUUCAAAGCCAUGGGAAGACAGCUUGUGUUUUGUUUGGGGGUAGAUCCUACAUGCCCGCAGGAGAGCGGACCACAGAGAGCUGGAACAGCGUUGUGGACUGUCCUCCUCAGGUGUUCCUGUUUGACUUGGAGUUUGGUUGCUCUUCUGCUCACACUUUACCUGAGCUCAGCGAUGGACAGUCUUUCCAUCUGGCCCUGGCCAGAGAAGACUGUGUCUACUUCCUCGGGGGACAUUCACUCACCUCUGACUCUCGUCCCCCUCGACUCUUUCGCCUGCGUGUUGAGCUCCUGCAGGGCAGCCCCUUGCUUUCUUGUGAAGCUCUAGACACUGGGAUAUCCAUCUCUAGUGCCAUAAUCACCCGUACAGGUCCCACUCACAAAUAUAUCAUCUUAGGUGGGUAUCAGGCAGACUCUCAGAAGAGGAUGGAGUGCAGAACUGUGAUUCUGGAUGAGAAAGGGAUUCACUUUGAGCCCUUGGAACCACCUAAGUGGACCCCAGAUAUCAUCCAUAGUCGCACAUGGUUUGGCGGCAGUGACGGGGAGGGAAAGGUCCUGCUUGGUGUACCCACGGAAGGAAGGCCAUGCCAACCAGAUAUGCAUUAUUUUUAUCAGGUGAGCUUCCAGACAGAGGGAGAAGGCAAAGAGGAAGCAGGAACACAGGGCUGCAGCCAGGAGUCAACAGAUUACGACGACUCCACUCCUCUUGAAGAUUCUGAGGAGCUCUACUUCGGGCGUGAGCCACACGAGCUGGAGGACAGUGAUGGAGAAGGGGAUACUUACAAUGAGGAAGAUGAGGAGGACGAAUCACAAACAGGCUACUGGAUCAAAUGCAGCCUGGGCUGUCAGGUAGACCCCAACACGUGGGAGCCAUACUACUCUACUGAGCUCCACCGGCCAGCCAUGAUCUUCUGCUCCAGAGGGGAGGGGGGACACUGGGUCCAUGCUCAGUGCAUGGAGCUGUCUGAGACCCUUCUGCUCAGGCUCUCUGAGGGCAACAAAAAGUACUUCUGCCUGGACCACGGAGGCCUGCCUUACCAGGAGAUGACACCACCCCGACAGGUCAUGCCUCUGAAGCGCACCCCCAUGAAAGUUAAGGACAGGAAAACUCCUCCUACAAUCAGGAUGUCCCCUGCAAAAAAAAGCUUUUUCAGAAGGCUUUUUGACUGA